GCACAGCCUCCGCACGUCAUUCCACUGCGAUGGAAAUGAAAUAGAGUUGGCUUAGCCCAGCUGACAGAGGCAUGCUUUGAAGGAUGUAGCCUGGGAACCUGCACUGCCAGAUCCUGUUCAAUGGGUUGUGAAUCUGUGGCACCGAUGCGGAGGGGACGCGGCAAUCACUCAGCCGUGCACAAGCCCCGGCAACAGGACUAAUCUCUCCACCUCACUCCUGGAAAAGCUCCUCUGCUUCCUCUGUUUUUGUUUCAUUAUUCUGAAUUAUUCAUCCUCGCCGCGUGGACGGCAGACCUCGCCAUGGAGGCAGAGUGAAGCACAUUUCUGGACCUUUUCGCUCUGACCACAGCCUGCCGCACGUAUGGAUGUGUUCAGCUUUGUGAAGAUGCCAAAGCUGUCGGGCAGCCACAGGACCAAGGCGUCAGGCUGGCCACCCCCCUCUGGCAGCUGGAGUCCCUCUCAGGGAGCCCCCAAUGGCUGGGACAUGGCGUCCAGUAGAGAGGGCAGAGAUUGCUUCAUCAAUCACGUUUCCCAGAGCAGCUCACUGGAGGAGGUCCGUCUGGACGGGGAGAAAGUCGCUCCUCCAGCCCCGCGGAAGGUGGAGAUGAGACGGGACCCUGUGCUGGGAUUUGGCUUUGUGGCAGGAAGUGAGAAGCCUGUAGUAGUCCGCUCUGUCACCCCAGGGGGUCCUUCAGAGGGCAAGCUCAUCCCCGGGGACGAAAUCGUCAUGAUAAACGAUGAGGCCGUCAGUGCAGCACCCAGAGAGAGGGUCAUCGACCUGGUCAGAAGCUGCAAAGAGUCUAUCGUGCUGACUGUGGUGCAGCCAUACCCAUCACCCAAGUCUGCGUUCAUCAGUGCAGCCAAAAAAGCCAAGUUGAAGUCCAACCCGGUGAAAGUCCGCUUCGCAGAGGAGGUCAUUAUAAAUGGCCAGGUCCCAGAAUCAGUGAAGGAUAACUCUCUUCUCUUUAUGCCAAACGUUCUGAAAGUGUACCUUGAAAAUGGACAGACGAAAUCAUUCAAAUUUGACAGCAACACCUCUAUUAAGGACGUCAUCAUGACCCUGCAGGAGAAGCUGUCCAUUAAGAGCAUUGAGCAUUUCUCUCUAGUGCUGGAGCAGAGGGCAGAGGGCUCCUGCAGCAAGCUCACCCUCCUGCAUGAGCAGGAAAUGCUAACUCAGGUGACACAGAGGCCAGGGGCACACAAGAUGAAAUGCUUUUUCCGCCUCAGCUUUGUUCCAAAGGAUCCCGUCGACCUGCUCCGAAGAGAUGCGGUGGCAUUCGAAUACCUCUACGUCCAGAGCUGUAAUGAUGUGAUUCUGGAGCGCUUCGGCUCGGAACUGAAAUAUGACACCGCCCUCCGCCUGGCCGCCCUGCAGAUGUACAUCCUGACUGUCAACACCAAACAGACCCAGAAGGUCUCCCUCAAGUACAUUGAGAAGGAGUGGGGCUUGGCUCUCUUCCUGCCCCCGGCAGUACUGUCCAGCAUGAAAGAGAAGAACAUCAAAAAAGCCCUUACACACAUUCUUAAAACAAACCAGAACCUGGUGCCCCCUGGCAAAAAGCUGACUGCCUUGCAGGCAAAGGUUUACUACCUGAAAUAUCUCAGUGAAUUGCGACUGUAUGGUGGCCGUGUUUUCAAAUCCACUUUGCUGCAAGGUGAGAAGCACACUGAGGUGACUCUACUGGUAGGGCCAAGAUAUGGCAUCAGUCACGUCAUUAACACCAAGACCAACCUGGUGGCCCUCCUGGCAGACUUCAGCCAUGUCAACCGCAUUGAGAUGUACACCGAGGAUGAGAAGAAUGUCCGAGUGGAGCUGCAUGUCUUAGAUGUAAAGCCCAUCACUCUGUUAAUGGAGUCCACUGACGCCAUGAAUCUGGCAUGCUUGACCGCUGGCUAUUACAGGUUAUUGGUGGAUUCUCGCAGGUCCAUCUUCAAUAUGGCAAACAGCAACACAGGAGGACAUGACUCAAGGGGGAAGCACACCUAUCAAGCCAUAGAGUGGAACUACAGCGCCCCCUGUGGAGCCUAUGAGGAGCACAAUCACCAGGCGUACACAAGAGAACUGCCCAACAAAGAGCCCAACUACUCAGACUAUGGCCGGCGGGACGGCGACGGCGCUCCCCUCUACAUCACAGAGGUGCAGCAUCCCCAGCACACUGGCCUCAUGGGGGACAGGUCAGAGCAGGUCAGCCGAGGCACACACGCCCAGCCUUACCUGUGUGUGCCUCGGGCCAAACCCCACGACUCCCCCCGCAGCGCCAAGGUGUCCUUCAUCUUCGGAGACCCUCCUCUGGACCGCGUGAACCCGCAGAACCUUGGCUACCAGCGCUUGAUGGACGACAGCCACGAGGUGUUGGACAAGCACAGGCACUUGUACAUGCAGCACGUGGACGACUACAAGACCCUGGACCCUGUGCUGGACGGGGACAGCUUCCAGUACCCGGCGCACCCGGUCUACAGCGACGCCAAGAUCUUCGGCAACACCGAGGGCAUCGAGGAGCCCCUGCUGCACGACAUCUGCUACGCGGAGACGACGGACGACGCCGAGGACGAGGACGAGAUCAGCUGCGAGGAGGACAUGGUGGUGAUGGGAGACUUGCGGGACAAGCAGCCCACCUUCCUCUCACUCUCCGAGUCCAGCGACGACAUCAUCGACCUGACCUCGCUGCCGCCACCCCCCGAGGGCAACGACGAGGAGGACACCGACGUGCUCCUGCAGUCUCUCAACCUGGCCAUCGCCGCGCCGCCGCCCGGCUUCAGGGACAGCUCCGACGAGGACGAGCACCACGGCCCGCCGGCCGCCGGCAGACAGUCCGGUCACGUCCGGCGCAAUGACAUUCCCGUGUCCCUGAUCGAUGCCAUCCCCACACAGAGUGAGGGGGAGUCAGAGGAGGGCCUGGACGAUGCUGUGGUCUCCACCCUGCAGGCGCUAGAGGCUCUUGCAGCGUCUGAGGAGCAGUCACACCCUCAGUCGGACAAUAGUUCAGGUGUAGAAAUAUCAAGGGCUUUUAGUCCCGAGUCGUCUUCUGAUUCCGGAAAUGAAACAAAUUCCUCCGAAAUGACGGAGAACUCGGAGCUGGCCGCAGCUCAAAAACACUCAGAGAACUCCUUGCGAAUGUUUGUUGCUACCGCUGAGGGCUACCAGACACUGGCCGAGGAGAAGACAGACUUCCGCAGGAGCGUGUGUGAGGGCGAGGGCAUAGUGUCGGCGCAGUGCAGCCCUCCCACACCUCAGGAAGAGGACCACCAAUCCACGGCUGUGCCUUCCUCGCAGAUCCCCCACUCAGAUGCCAUUGAGAUGGAGCCAGAAACCAUGGAGACCAAAUCUCUCACAGACUACUUCAGCAAAAUUCACAUGGACACAGUGAUGCCCGGCUCCCAGAGACAAAGGAAGCCAAAUGAGGUGGAGGGCAGUUUGCCUGACGAGGGCACAGAUGACCUGAGACAGAUGAAAAUGCCCGAUCCAAACGGAGAGGACCCGCACCUAGUAGGAAAAUACAACAGUUUUAAUGCACGUGAUUCACACCAGUUUGAAAUGGAGAGAAUGUCGCUUCCAUUUCAUGAGAAGACCCAAAGAUGGCAACAGAUGGCUGAAAAUAAAACAGCUGGGCGAACGCCUCCAGAAUACACUCACGACUGCAAUGCGUUGCCCAUGGCUCAUGCUGACAAAGCUAUGGCCAAGGGAGAGAGACUCGACGAAAACGGUUCUGCCGGACUCUGCAAAUACACGCGGUCUCCGGCAAAAGAGCACUACUCCACAGAGCAGCCAAACACACUCCCUGCUAACCAGCAGCAGCAGCUGGGCCAGGCUGGGCCAGCAGAGCCCGACGCCACACGCUUGUACGAGUACCACCUGAGCAAGCGCAUGUCGUCGCUCCAGAGCGAGGGCAUCCACUCGCUGCAGAGCUCGCAGUGCUCGUCCAUCGACGCGGGCUGCAGCACGGGGAGCAGCAGCUGCGUCACGCCCAUGGACUCGCCGCUCUGCACCGGGGACGGCGCACACCUGCUGUCCGAGUCCUCUCUCAAGGGCCUGGGCUACGGGGGUCCGGAGGAGAAGGCCUACGCCAAGCCCCCGCAUCCCAACAUGGACCCGUCCUUGGUCCGCAAGGUCCAUGCACAACCUGGCACCGAGCCAGCAUUUGGAACCAUUCGAGAUGGUUGCCAUCGCAUGCCCAAGAUAAGGGAAACCACAGUGUAGCGUGUUCGGAGCUGUAGGGAGCCAGAAGAGGAGACCAAGUCGUCUGGCUCCACUAUGUCUACUCUAGUCCCAUGCCACCACUGUCUCACAACCGCACACUGUCAAAAAAAGUGCCAAAGCAGGAGAGUGUGGAGGCUCUGAAACUAAAUUUCCCAUUUGAUGUUUUCCGUCAAGCCUCUUUCCUCUCCCCUCGUCCCCUGGCACAGGCGGCCACUGGGGCCUUUAUCAGGUUGGACACACAGGACAAAACAGAACGACUGGCUCAGGGAGUGUUACUUUGGGGGGGGAAACCAAAAGCAAGAACAGGUAGAGAAGAGGGUUGGAUGGCCCCGUCCCAAAUGUCUGCAGGCAAGUAUUGAAGGGAUUCUUCUCCCAGUGGCAGGUGAUUCAUGCUAACGCCAUCAGCAGCAUGCCAAGUGGACGUCCCUGCAGGAGGAAGUAUCCCCAUGUAUGUGCUGCCUCAUCGGGAGCUGCCAAACCCUGACGCAGGGCCACUGGACGUGCCACGGCCCCGCUUGCUGCUGCCGAAGAGAGACAAAGAGGAGUGUUUCAGCUAAUGGGAAGAAAUCAUGAAGUCUCAUGCUGGCCACACACGUUAUGAAACAGAGUAGACACACGCUGAUGAGGAACUGAAAGCCCCCUGCUGCAGCUGGUCCAAGUCAGGCUCUACACCAGAGAGAGAAAACCUCAUGGAUCCCUCCAGUACAACUAGUGGUAACAGGAUGAUGUAUACGGGUGCUAUGCAUUUUGAAAGACAUAAAAGUGGACUUGAUUGCGGUUUGGUGUCCUCUCGACUGUUGCUAGUGUUGUUAGUGACAUUAUGAGAUGUCGGUUGGCCCCUAAAGUAUGCAGUUCACCUUAAAUUGGGAAGCCUCAGUGGGAAGCAGAACAAGAGGACUAAGGAGUCCUGGUCAUGACCUGGCCGUGCUGCUGAUGUGUCAAGGAGUAGCAUCCCAUCCUCCCCUGCGUCACCAACCAAAGCAUCAGCGCACUGACACAUCAUUCCACUGCCGUGUCCACUGUCUGCUCACUGACUCGCUCACUUGAAAGGAACACUCUUGUCUUUUUAAUGAUCAAUUGCAAAAGCCAUACAUAAAGACAUGGGUUGAUCCGGCCCACCCAUUGUGAACUGUUAUGAUUUAUCCCUUGCCUUGUGUAUAUUUUGUCUAAUAUGUAAAAUUAUAAAUUCUAUGAUAGAGUUUCUAAAAAAAAAAAAAUCAUCCAGAUAAAUCCAUCCAGAUUAUUUCAAGUACAUGAUCUGAAGUAUUGCCAACGUCCAAUAAGUUUAAUGUCCUUGUGGGUUCUCUGGUAGACUUAGAAAAUUAUUUUAUCCAACAAAACCAGGGAACCAGCUGUUCUUAAUUUAAAACCGACACACUGAAGUGGUAUUGAGGAUUAUUUUCUGAUAGUAAACAGACUGAACACAAACAAAACACUAAACACAUUCACAUCACAUGUUCACAUCUAACAUAUUUUUUGGCAUUUAUGCCAAAGUCUA